AUGUCAGGGGGGGAGGGGGCGUGCAUCUCUGCGCGUGGAGAAAAGGGGUCUGGAUGGAGACGGGGAGCCUGGACCCCAGCGCGAAGCCUGUGGCCAGCUUUGCCACCUCGAGCCGUUCUUGUUGCAGGUUCGGCGGCCAGGAAGGGCCCAGGGAGGCCGAGAUGGCGAAAAACUCUGGACAUCUCUCCAGUCUCUCCAUCUCAAGAAAAGCACUCGACGGUGUGGUAUGCUCAAUCGGCGGGCGCCAGAGAUCUCGACCCUCUCCGACGAUUCCCCGGGGACGCUGCGCCGCCCCGGCUCAAACUUGUAAAAUCUGGAGGCAAGCAGCGGCCACAGGAGGCCGAAACGGACACCGCCGCGAUCGAAACGAUCCACCUCCCUUCUCCACGGCGAGCCGUGCGCCUCGCGGGUCUUUGCCCGCACUCGGCACUGGCCGCUGGCCGCGCGGCGCUACCGCCGCGCGACCCAGGCCAGCCGCGGCACCGGCGGCGACGCCAGCGGUUCCGCCAGCGGAGAGGAGGAGGAAGAGGAGCAGGAAAAGAGGAG